AGCGCGAACCAUAUAGGACCAAAACUCGUAUUUUUGUGAUAAGCUGCCGACAUACCUGAUUAGUGAUUAGUUAUCAUGUAACACUGUGCCGUAAUAUUUUACCGAUCACAGCUGCUGACGGCCAUUCCCAUUUCUAUGGUCAUAGUCUCUGGUGCGUUCAGACGUCGAUCCGCCGAUACGACUUAUAACCGGCUCUGAAAAUAAUACUGUCAGAUGAAUCCAAGAGGAUAAUAUUAAUAUAAUAGAUACCAAAAUUCGUCCAGCUACUGAAGUGCGUGGCGAAGAGUAUCGGAAUCAAGCUGACGCUGAAAAAUACUGUCAAAUGAAUCCAAGAAGAUAAAAUAUAAUAGUUACCAAAAUUGUCCGGCUACUGAAGCGUGUGGUGCUAAGUAUCAGAAUCAAGGGCGUCCUCUGGCCGUGAUUUUCUUUUUUGGACAAUCACGUUAUCAUGGCCGACGACAACAGUACUUCCGCAGUGUUCAGUCUGGCGAUGAUUGCUUACAGAACGUGCAAUGAAAUUCAGCGGAACCAGUAUUGGGAUUAUGAAGUACCGCGCUUGGAUUUACAACAGUGUUGCAAAGCAUUAUUUGAAAUUAUCAUUUUUAACACUGUCAGUGGCGAGUUCCGUCCAAACGGCGAUAGACGGUCUAUGUGUACGAAGAUAUGCUCGAACGUUCUGUUCCGAGAAAUUACCGAAAGAUACACAUAUUUAUGCAACAUGGCCGCGUAUAAUGGGCACGUGGAUUGCUUGAAGAUGGCCCACGAGUUGGGCUGCCCGUGGAACACGAACGUACCCUGUCACGCGAUCAUGAAGGGACACCUGAACUGUGUGAUAUACGCCCAUAAAAACGGGUGUCCCUGGGACGCUGAGACCUGCACCACCGCAGCUAGAUAUGAGAACAUCGAGUGUCUGAAGUACGCACUGGACAACGGUUGCCCGUGGGACUUCGAGUGCACGUGGCGCGAAGCCUUGGUGAAAGGGCGCAUCGUGUUAUUGCGGUACUUGCGCGAAACCUGGGGUCCUGAAACGCUCGUGACGGCCGCGUCCGGUGGACAUUUUCGGAUACUCCGGUACGCGUUAGAGAAUGGCUGUCCAAGCUCCGUGACCGCGUGCAGCAGUGCAGCGAUGUCCGGCCAACUCGAGUGUCUCAAAUACCUGCACAGGAACGGUGUUCCGUGGGACUCCGAUACGUGCCUAGAGGCCGCGAAAUCUGGGCACAUCGACUGUCUGCAUUACGCGUUGAGCAACGGGUGUCCGUGCACAGCAGCGGCGGGCUACGAGGCAGCGAAGAAUGGCCGAACAGAUUGCCUUGUUUACCUGCACGCGAACGAUAUUCCCAUUGACUGGUAUACGUGCUUAGGAGCCGCGAGGAGUGGAAACAUAGACUGUCUCCGUUACACGAUCGUCAACGGGUGUCUGGCCAACGAAGAAACGUGCGCCGAGGCGGCGAGUUAUGGCCACGCGGCGUGCCUGGCGUACCUGCGCAAGCUCGGCGUUCCCUGGGACUCGCGCACGUGCACAGGAGCCGUGAGAUCUGGGGACAUGGACUGUUUCCAUUACGCAGUCCGUAACUGGUGUCCGGGCGACGCACUAUCGUGCGCCGAAGCGGCGCGUCUCGGCCGUUUGGCGUGCCUGGAGCAACUGUACUUACGCCGCGUCCCCUGGGACUCGCGCACGUGCACAGAAGCCGUGAGAAAUGGGCACGUCGACUGUCUCAAAUUCGCGCUCAGGCAUGGCUGUCCAAUCGACCGAUCGUCGUGCAUGCGCCUCGCAUUAGCCAACGGACACGUGGACUGCCGGUUUUACAUUCGCGAUUACUUUCGAUCUUCACGGUUGGUGCGGGAUAGAAAUUUCCCAGUUCGGUAUAAACGCGUACGUGCUAGACAACGGCGGUUAGCGCGACGAAUAUAAAAUUCGUGUUAAGGCGUAAUUACAGCUACGUCGUGUGUCGUGUUGUGCGAGGGCUUGGUUAUUAUAUGGUUACGGCUGGUAACCAAUAUGGUUUAAAAGUUGAACAGUAGUCAAUCCUUGGUUUACUCGGUUGCAACUUGGUUAUUACAUGAUACCAAAAAAGUAACAUCCAAUCACAGUACGAUUUUAUCGACACCGCACGACACAUGACGCAGCUGUGAAUCCGGCUUUACUAAGGGCCAAUUGCACCGUCUGGUACGGUUAAACUUCGAUUGCGCUUAAUCGGCUGACAACAGAUAUUUAACCGGA